CUGGAAUGCACCAAUCUAUGACGUCAUUGAUAGGUUGAACACCGCCUCCACAGAAAGAAUAUCAACGACUACUUCUCUAGCCCCGCCCACUGGUUCGCGCAUGACAGUACUGAAGUAACACAAGAAGCGCGGAACCAGAUAGAGCGAGCAAGCAAUAAACAUGCCGUUAAAGAUCGCAAAAUAUUGUGCAGUGCCUGGUUGUGAAAGAACACAGUUGCUGCAUAACCUUCCUUCGGAUUCCGAUAUUAGGAAUGCGUGGUUAAAGUUUAUGUUUAAAGACGUUCCAGCUCACAUGGGAAAAACAUGGAGCGUUUGAUCGUUUCAUUUCUCAGAGGGUUCAUUCGUGAAAAAGGCACAGAUCGACGCUGGAUUUGAGGAGAGACUAAAAUUAAAAAGCAGUGCUGUGCCGUCAAUAUUGAAUCCAAUAGGAGAAAUCUAUGAGUGAAUCAGUGAAGGAUUAUGGCGUCGGUUUCAGAGCAGCUUCUGGGCGCUCUGGAUGAAUUAGAUGCAGAUAAACUGAAGAGGUUUAAAUGGCACUUUAAGAGUUUCAAGAGAAUUUCAGCUUCUGAUUUGGAUAAGGCAGAUGCACCUGAUACAGUAGAUCUUAUGAUGAAGCGUUUUGGACCAGAAGAAGCUGUGAAGAUCACGGUGGACAUCCUGAGGAAGAUGAACCAAAACCAUGUGGCUGAGGAGUUGGAGAAAAAACAAAAGCAAGCUCAGGCUGAGGGCAGUACUGAGGCUCCUGUGCUUGCUGGAGCUGAAUCAAAACCAAUUGGGGACAAGAAAAUCAUACAAGAUUGGGACGACAUGAGGAUCGAUUUAAAGAUAACGCAGAGGAUGUUCCGGCUGAAAAUCCAGCAAAGAGAGAAAGAUCUUGAGCAGCUGAGAGAGGCUGUGAAAUCUUAUAAGUGCUCUGCGCAGACAGCAGUGGAGGACAGUGAGAAAAUGUUUACAGAGCUCAUCCGCACCAUUGAGAGAAGCAGCUCUGAAGUGACACAGAGGUUCAGAGAUCAGGAAAAGGCCGCAGUGAGUCGAGCUGAAGAAGGACUGGAGCAACUGGAGCAAGAGAUCAAUGAUCUGAGGAGGAGAGACGCUGAGCUGGAGCAGCUUUCACAAACACAGGAUCACAUCCAGUUCCUGCAGAGUUUCCAGUCUCUCUCAGCACCUCCCAAAUCAACAGAAGUACCCAACAUUCCCUUCAGUUCUUUCUUCUCUUUUGAUGGCCUGAAAGAAUCUAUCCGUCAGCUGACAGACAAACUGGAGGAUUUCUGCAAAGAAGAGAUCAAGAGCAUCUCUAACACAGUCACAUUCAACAACAUUGCUUCUAAGACCAGGAAUGAGCUCCAACAAUAUUACCAUCAGCUCACUCUAGAUCCUAACACAGCACAUAAUUGGCUCCAUCUUUCUGAGAGGAACAGAGUGAUUACUUUCGCUCAAAGAGAUGAGCCGUAUCCAUAUCAUCCAGAGAGAUUUGCCAGUAAUUAUCAGGUUUUGUGUAGAGAGAGUGUGUCGGGACGCUGUUACUGGGAGGUUGAGUGGAGUGGGAGUGUGUAUAUAGCAGUGGCAUAUAAGAGUAUCAGCAGGAAUGGAUGGGGUGAUGAGUGUUUCUUUGGAUAUAAUAAUAAAUCCUGGACUUUGUGGUGUAAUCCCUCCAAAGAUUACUUCAUACACAAUUGCGAAUCUACAUAUCUCCCUGUAGAGCCCAUCAGCAGUAGAAUAGGAGUGUAUGUGGAUCACAGUGCAGGAACUCUGUCCUUCUACAGCGUUUCUGACACAAUGAGCCUCAUCCACACAGUCCAGGCCAAAUUCACUCAGCCGCUCUAUCCUGGGUUUGGUAUUGAAAAUGGAUCAACAGUGAAACUGUGUUAAUGAAUCAGAAUAGACUGACGGGAGAUUCUACCCAUACUGCUUUGAGCUGCAUGAUAAAUCAGUAAAAGUGAGAUGUUAUAGAGAAUUUUCUCUUCAUUUCAUUAAUACUGCAGCUGAACGUCUGUCAGUGAAAUAACAUUCCAGAUUAAAUGUGUGUAAUAAAUCCUUAUAUAGACAGUAAGAUCAGUUUGUGUGCGUGUAGGUGUACUGGUAUUCAUCACUGUGUGGGGACCUAUAAUGUCCCCACAAAGAUAGUAAUACCAAUAUAUUUUGACCUUGUGGUGACAUUUUUAGGUCCCCGGCCAUGAGGGAAAACAGCUUAUAAAUAUGGAGCGAUUUUAGUCUCAUUAAUUAUUCACACAUAAAACACGAUGUACACUUGCGUAGCCAGUUUCAC